GGGUGCGCGUGUGGUUUUCUGGCUUUUUCAUUUUGAGGUUUUCACCUUAAUUGCUUGAGUUGAGAACUCAAAGGAGAGGGAGCUCACAUUGUCACCUAGCAUUACCACACCCCUCUGUUUCUCCUCUGUUUUCUCUCUUUCUCUUUCUGUUGGCUUUCCCAUCCGCAACUCCUCUCCUCAGCCCUCUACAAAGCCUUCUGACUUGAAGGAAGGAAAAAUGACCAACCAGAAUGUGGCGGUUUCUGAUCCAAAAUCAGCUAUUGGUAUGGCGAUUGACGUUAUUGUGUCGAACUCUUCUUUUUUCUCACCGGCGGUGCGUAAGCCGCCGACUGUACCGGGUGGGUACAUCACCAUUUCUCUUAAGAAACUCGAAACUGGAGGAGCCGGAGGAGCCGGUAGAGUCGGUGCCUGGGUGGAUUCAAUGAGAGCUUCGUCUCCUACCCAUAUCAAAUCCACUCCUCUUUCUGAUAGUGAAGCCCUGAGUUCCUGGAUGCUUCAUCAUCCGUCAGCUUUGCGCACGUUCGAGCAGAUAACGAAUGCUUCGGAAGGGAAGCAGAUUGUGAUGUUUCUCGAUUAUGAUGGUACCCUCUCGCCGAUUGUGGAAGACCCAGAUCAAGCUUUCAUGUCUAAAGAGAUGCGAGCCGCCGUAAAGGAUGUCGCCAGAUAUUUCCCUACUGCCAUAGUGAGCGGGAGGUGCAGAGAUAAGGUCUAUAGAUUUGUUAAAUUAUCAGAGCUCUAUUAUGCAGGCAGCCAUGGCAUGGACAUCAAAGGACCAGCCAAAGGCCGCAAAUACAAGAAAGGUGAUCAAUCCCUUCUCUGUCAACCCGCCAGCGAAUUUUUACCCAUGAUCGAUGAGGUGUACAAGGCCCUGCUUGAGAAAACCAAAUCCACCCCAGGAGCAAAGGUGGAAAACAACAAGUUCUGCUUAUCAGUACACUUUCGCUGUGUUGACGAGCAGAGAUGGACAGCAUUGGCCGAGCAGGUUAGAUUAGUCCUUAACCAAUACCCAAAGCUCAGAUUGACUCAAGGCAGGAAGGUAUUAGAGAUUCGUCCUACCAUCAAAUGGGACAAGGGAAACGCCCUCGAAUUCUUGUUGGAGUCACUAGGAUAUGCCAAUUCUAAUGAUGUCUUUCCAAUCUACAUUGGAGAUGAUCGAACAGAUGAAGAUGCAUUCAAGGUUUUGCGCAAUCGAGGACAAGGGUUUGGGAUUCUUGUGUCCAAGUUCCCCAAGGAAACAAGUGCCUCUUAUUCUUUGCAAGAACCAACUGAGGUUAUGAACUUUUUGCAACUUUUGGUGGAGUGGAAAAGAAGGUCCUUGCAAGACAAUAUAUUGAGUAGAGACUGAAGAAGUUAAUGACCCCAUCCUGAAAUUUUGCUGAGCUUGGAGUUGUGCAUUUUCUUCUUUAGGUUAAAAAAAUGAUAGAAAUGGAGAGGUAAAAUAAUGGUUAAAAUUUGGGUAAGGGAUGGUCCAGAAUUAUGUAAUUUUUAUUUUUUUUUUGGUUUUGUGUAGAGUGAAAAUGAUAGAAAAAGGAAGCAAAAGAAUUCCCCAACUCUCUCUGUGCGAGCAUGUGUCUGCACAGUAUGUGCACAUGUUUGCCUUUGUAAGGAAAACGUUAUAUGCUGCAACCAAGGCGAUAAAAGCCAGUGUUUGCGCACUUGCAGGUGGGCAUUUGUUUGUCGAGUGUUUCUACUCUGCAACCAACCCAAGGCAAUUUGAUGUAAUGCAGAUGUCAAUUAAAAAAUGGCUGUUGUAUA